UGCUUCCUUUUAAAUCUCAUUCACACGGGACGGGAAACUCCUUUUUGAAGCAUAUCUUUUCUCAUUUAUUACUACUUUCUCCACAGUAUACGUUUUAUUCAAGCUCUCUCUCCCUUCUUUUUUCUCUUUUAAAGAAAAAAAGUACCUUCUUUUGUGGGAAUAAAUAAGAUGAAGGGAUAAAAAGAGACUCCUGCAAUGCUGCUAACUGGUCACAACUCACCGGUUGGUAGGUAGAGGUUGUGGUUGAUAAAGAGAAAGAUGUUUUACUUGUAAAACCCCUUUCUUACGUUCUAAAAACCAUACAAGAAAAAAGUAUACAGCAAGUGAACGUUCUGUUUUUUUCUCUCUAUUAUGGAUAACUAUGAAGCAACCAGGAUCGUUUUCUCUAGAAUCCAGGCCUUGGAACCAGAAAACGCUUCUAAAAUCAUGGGUCUACUGCUGAUUCAGGACCAUGGUGAGAAGGAGAUGAUUCGUUUAGCCUUUGGUCCUGAAGCUUCACUUCAGUCUGUGAUACUAAAGGCUAAGAAGGAGUUUGGUCUUCCUUCUAACUCUCCUUCUUCACCUUCAACUCCAGCUUCUCCUUCUCCUUUUAAAAUUCCAAGGCAGAACUCAUCUGCUUCCAGGCUCAUACCAUCUUCUCUCACCAUCCCUACUAACCUCUCUACUUCUGGUACUUCUGCAUGGAGUCCUUUGUCUGAACUACCAAACCCUGAUGACUUGAUCAGUUCGAGCAGUGGCUCUUUGAAUCCUUCUUCUUUGCCUUUCUAUGGAAACGGUAGGGCCACUGAUAUGGUCGAUGAGUUUCAACUUCAAGAUCAACUAUCUUUCCUCAACGAAAGCUCACCACAGCUUAACCCCCAAAACCAUGAUUUCUUCUACCCACAAGCCGCUGAUUUGUCCUCUGGUUCAGUUGCUGGUGCUCGUGGCACCACUGAUGCCAUGGGGUUCCCUUCAUAUUGGGAAACUUCCCUUCACAUGAGUAGCUCUGUGAGUGAUAUUUUGGGAGCUGAUGACCCGGUUUCCGGUUUUGGGUGGAGACCCUGCUUGUAUUUUGCUAGAGGGUACUGUAAAAACGGGGACAAUUGCAGAUUUAUACAUGGUGGCCUUGGGGAGUCUGGAGCAGAUUGUGCCGCCAUGGUUGGCUCACCUAACAAGAUCGAGAUGGACCAGUGCCAUGAGUUACUUAGAUCUAAAUCCGCUCAGCAACAGAGGUUGCCUGCUGCUUCGCGGCUCAUGGGUUCUGCUUCCUUCCCUCCUUACUCACCAAAGUGCAUGAACUCGUUUCUUCAACAGCAACAAAAUGAUUCUCACAGGGCGGCAGCAGCAGCAGCAGCAGCUGCUGCUUUAAUGAUGGGUGAUGACAUGAACAAAUUUAACCGAGCAGGCAUGGUUAACCCAGCUUCAAGACAGAUCUACUUGACCUUCCCAGCUGAUAGCACCUUCAGAGAGGAGGAUGUGUCGAACUAUUUCAGUAUAUACGGCCCGGUUCAAGAUGUGAGGAUUCCAUACCAGCAGAAGAGAAUGUUUGGAUUUGUUACUUUUGUUUACCCUGAGACCGUGAAACUCAUCCUGGCUAAAGGAAACCCUCAUUUCGUUUGCGAUGCUCGUGUUCUGGUGAAGCCUUAUAAGGAGAAAGGAAAAGUCCCGGACAAGUACAGGAAACAGCAACAAAUGGAAAGAGGAGAGUUCUCUCCUUGUGGUACUACUACUGGCCUUGAUUCGAGCCCCCGAGACCUGUUUGACCUUCAGCUUGGACCGAGGAUGUUUUACAAUAACCAGGAUUUGUUAUGGAGAAGAAAAUUGGAGGAGCAAGCUGAUCUUCAGCAAGCCCUUGAUCUUCAAAAUAGAAGGCUGAUGGGCCUGCAACUCCUUGGUGUGAAGAAGAAUCACCAUCACACGGCUCUUUCUAAUGGAAGUCCGUUUCCAUCGCCUACUCACUCGCCAAACAUGUUCAACCAGUCCCUUAUAAUACCUCAAUUUCACAACGGUCAAAAAGCUCCACAAGAGCAUUGUUCCAGCCCUGUGCCGGCCUUAUCUGUGAAUGCUUCCGAGAAGCAAGCAGAGUGUAAUGCUACUGCUGUGGGUAAAGAAUCGGCUAGUUUUGAAGUCAAUGGUACCAGCAAGGAGAGCCCCCAUCGUGAAGAUGGCAAACAACCAGAAAGUUUGGAGCACAACCUUCCCGAUAACCCUUUUGCAUCUCCUACAAAAGCUGCCGGAGAGUACUCGUCUGCACUCUCUAAUACUGAAACCGAUAGGGAUGUGUCAGUCCCGGCUUCUUCUAUAAACAAUAAUUGGGUCCGUCCAACCUUGAUUCCUGCAAAUAAUGCAUUAGACAUGCCAUCGUUCAAUUCAUUCAACUGCCAAAUGCCCAGGUUCUCUUCCGGACAUGGGACCAUUGGUAUGUGUGCAGGCACCGGCGGCCCAACUUGCCCUGUUGGAAUUUAGCUUCCUAUGCUACAAAUCAAACAAAAUUUCAUAUCAGAGAGAUCUAUAGAGACCACCACCACAGUUCACUAUAAUCCGAACCACCUCGGCCCUUUUCUUGUAAUCGUCGUCGAUACUAUACUUACAACCAUACAAAAUGCGUACAUAAAAGGCAGUGAAGGAAGUGGGUCACAGCCAUUUCUUUUCUUUUGUUGUAAUAUUGUUAUCUAUUGUUUCAGUAGUUUGGACCACAGGUAAAAAAGAAGCAUAGCAAGAAGAAAAAAAUAUCAGUCCAUGUGUAGUUGUAACUCCCCUUGAACUGUAAUUUUCUUCCUCCCCAUGGUUUCCCUGG